UUCUUUCCGCAACUACCCCUCCCCUGCCGACAACUGCAGAGCCCCCCCCACGACCCUGCGGGCACCCCCCAAUGGCACCAUCGCACCUCCCUCACCUCACCAUGUGGUUCAGCUUUUUGACCUGGACCCUGCUCUUGGGGAGCACAGGGGUGACCGUGGCCCAGGUUCGCAUCCUGGGGGGCCAGGAGUGCCCCCCCAAUUCACACCCCUGGCAGGUGGCGCUCUACUACUUCUCUGAUUUCGUGUGCGGGGGCGUCCUCAUUGACAGCAAUUGGGUGCUCACGGCGGCACACUGCCAAGUCCAACAUUACCAGGUCUGGCUGGGCCGCCGACUUCGCUGGAGGACGACGAGGAGGGGCGGGGUCAGUUCGUCCUGGUCAAAGGCCAGCUUCCCCCAUCCUGACUUCAACAUGAGCCUCGUGGGGCAGCAAGAGAAUCCUGAGGAGCUGGACUACAGCCACGACAUCAUGCUCCUGCAGCUGGCCGAGCCGGCGCAGUUCAACUCCUACAUCCAGCCCCUCACGCUCCCCAAGGCAGUCGUCUCUACGGACACCACCUGCUGGACCUCGGGCUGGGGCAGCAUCUCGAGCAACUCGGCCAUCUUCCCAAGUGAACUGCAGUGCGUGGAGCUGCAAAUUCUGCCUAACGAGAUAUGUGAUCUGGCCCACCCAGAGAAGGUGACGGAGUUCAUGCUGUGUGCGGGAUUAAUGCAAGGGGGCAAGGACAGUUGUCAGGGAGACUCAGGAGGCCCCUUGAUUUGUAACAACACCCUCCAGGGCAUCACGUCCUGGGGUCACUUCCCCUGUGGCCUCCCGGGCAAGCCGGGCCUCUCCACCAAGGUGUUUGCAUAUCUGGACUGGAUUGCCAAAACCAUGGAAGACAACUGACCGCCAACCCCUCCGCCGCCCCUUGAGGGGGCGGCCCACAAUUAAAGCCCGGACAGCA